AUGGUAGUCGGGGUUGAGACGACAGGCAUUGUCCCUGCAAUUCUUCCCCUGAUUGUGAACCAGCUCGAUGCAUAUGUGCAAGGCCGCCAUUUCGAAGAGUAUUCCGCAAGGCUCGGGACUCAACAUGCUAUCCUGCGAAACACAUUGGAACAGUCUCUCGAAGGCCUUGUCGACUACGAGGAUGAAAUAUCCGAGCUGAUCGGCAACCCGCAGGGGCCACUUUGGAUGGAUCCGCGCUUGCAGAACAAGCUGGCCAAAAAACUCGACCGAAACUUCGGUGCCUUUAGCAGAACCAUGAUCGAGCUUUCGACCCUGUUAGAGAUUCUGUCCAGGAAACUAAGGCUUGAAUCUGCGGAUCCAUUAAAGAUAUCGUGGGACGAGGGCGGUUCUGUCGAACGAGAGAUCAAGCAGUUUAAAGACAUCUUCUCCAAAUCCGUGUAUACGGAUUUGCUCAAUAAGAUCGACAGCGCCAAUGCUUCACUCAAAACUCUCAUAGACCAGUUGGACCAUUGUCAGGAGAGCCGACACAAGCAUCGGAUGUCCAAAAAGCCACUUUUGCGGUAA